CCGAAGGCAGAUUUUGAAUUUCGAAUCGAGGAUCGCUCAGUCGGUCCUUAGGCGUCGCGCGCUUCAGACGUCUUUUCUGUUGCGGAGAAUUAAUUACCGUUUUUUUGCCAGUUCCACAUUAAAUAGUUUUUGAUGAAGAUGGCAGGUGUUGUUUUGAAGAAAUAUAUUUAGAACUUUUGCUGCAGCGAUGGGCGUGGCGUCCGACGGGAUGGGUGGGUGGCGUGCCCGAGUGGCCGCCUGCCGCGAGUCCAGGAAGCUCGUGCUGGUGAUCGUGGCCAUCGCUCUACUGCUGGACAACAUGCUGCUCACCACAGUUGUGCCCAUUAUACCGGAGUUCCUGUACGACAUCCGCCACCCUGACGCCCCCUUAUCAAUGUCCUUGGACGAAGUGACCACCACGCCGCCGCCACCAGUGCCCUUCUGCCCCUGCGAGAGGAACACCACCUACCCACCCCUGGAGAACGUGACGCAUGUAAACAUAACGGCUGAGAAGGAGGUGAGACACCAGGAGCUGAUCCACGAGACGGUCGCGGUGGGCGUGAUGUUCGCCAGCAAGGCGAUUGUGCAGCUCUUAGCCAACCCCUUCGUAGGACCACUUACACACAAGAUCGGGUACAGUGUGCCCAUGUUCACCGGUUUUAUACUCAUGUUCCUGUCAACAUUAAUAUUCGCGUUUGGCCGCUCGUACGGUGUUUUAUUCGUGGCGAGAGCUCUGCAAGGCAUCGGUUCGUCUUGUUCCUCCGUGUCCGGCAUGGGGAUGCUGGCAGAAAGAUAUCCGGACGAUAAGGAACGUGGGAACGCCAUGGGCAUCGCUCUGGGAGGACUUGCGCUGGGCGUGCUGAUCGGCCCGCCCUUCGGUGGGCUCAUGUACGAAUUCGUGGGCAAGACGGCGCCGUUCUUAAUGCUCUCGGCACUGGCUCUCGGCGAUGGCUUGUUGCAGCUGAUGAUAUUGCAGCCGGGCGUGGUGCGUCAGGAGAGCGAGCCGCCGUCCCUCAAGGCUCUCAUCACGGACCCUUACAUUAUCGUCGCCGCGGGAGCUAUUACUUUCGCAAAUGUUGGCAUAGCGAUGUUGGAACCUAGCUUGCCGAUAUGGAUGGCAGACACAAUGGAAGCUCGUCGUUGGCAACAGGGAGUGGCCUUCUUACCCGCCAGUAUCUGCUAUCUGAUCGGUACAAACCUGUUCGGCCCUCUGGGACACAAAAUGGGUCGAUGGUUGGCGGCGUGCUCUGGACUCGUCAUCAUUGGCAUCUGUUUGAUACUGAUCCCGAUGGCUCGCAAGUUGGAGCACCUGAUCAUACCUAACGCCGGUCUCGGAUUCGCGAUAGGCAUGGUGGAUUCGUCCAUGAUGCCUGAGCUUGGCUUCCUGGUGGAUAUUCGUCAUGCUGCCGUCUACGGAUCGGUGUACGCUAUCGGUGACACUGCCUUCUGUCUCGGAUAUGCUGUCGGGCCUGCGUUCUCCGGCACGCUGGUGAACAGCAUCGGCUUCGAGUGGAUGCUGGUCAUCAUUGCCAUCCUCAACUUCGCGUAUGCUCCAUUCCUGCUUCUACUGAGGUCACCACCAGCUCGAGAUGAGAAGCAGAGCCUGAUUAUAAACGACAAAGCAUCAGUUCGGUACGUCAGCUACCAGAACGAGGAAGAAGAAUAAAGCCCGCCAUAAACAGCCGCCAUCUUGAUUAACCGCCGCCAUCUUGUUAGCCCACCACCAUCUUGAGAAUGUCCUCCAUUUUGUGUGUUAUUAGUCAGACAUAUAUAUGGGGUCUGCUUAGAGUAUCAUAAUUUAUAUAACAUAUUUAUAUGUAUAAAUCAUUUGGUUGACGUCUAAGGAGUGCCAAGUCCGCUGUAAUAUUGCCACAAUAUCAUAGUUGUUAUUAAGUAAGUAAGUAGUUAGUGUGGAAAAAGCGUGUGUAUUUAAUAAUAAUUAUACAAAAUUAUAUUUAUGAUUAUUAUACUGUAGUAAUUGCCCAAAUAUUAUUAUAUUUGCUAUAAUCUAUAUUUCUAUAGAUAUAUGUUUCACUAUAUCAAAUUUAUUACUAAUAUAAAAAAGUACAUUUACUAAAACAUAUAAAUAUAUUGACCAAUUUGUUAUCUGUGACUUUCCAUUAUCUCUUGGCAAAAUUAUAAUAAUAAAUAAUCUUAAAACUAAAUACAGAACCCCCCAAGUAGGAGAGUACCUUUAUAUUAUUAUCUUGGAGUAAUACAUAUAUCACCAUUUUAUAAUAUAUAGAUAUAUUAUUUUAUAGAUACUUGCAUAAUGAAACUACAUUUGUGUAUAAUCAAUUUUAUACUUUCAUUAAUAUAUCAAUAACCUUUACCGUUAAAUGUAUGUUAAAAAUAAACAUUCCUACUGUGUUUCUCGCAACUAAAAAUAUGGUUUCGUUAUUAAGUGAGCUAUUUGCACAUUUUUAUGAACGUAAACUAGACUGUGUAUUUUCUGAACGUAAAUAGGUAUUUUCAAAGUAUAUUAAUUGCCAGUUAGUCAGGGUUUCUUGUAGUUACAGAUAUAUUCAACAUAUAUGUAUGUAUAUAUCCAAUAUAAUCUUGAUGAAUGCGUCUUAUUAACUAAAUGUAUUAUGAUCAAAAUGUUUCCCAAAGGCACUAACAUUGAAAUAAUAGUUUCAGAAUGACAAAAGAAAACAGUUUUCUGACUUUUUGUAAUACUAUGUUACACCUGUAUAAAAAUGUAUGUUUGUCGUAAUUUUUGCGGAAGUGACUUUGACAAUAUUUUUUUGUAUGAAGUAUUUUAUCAAGUUUUAUUAUAAUAUACUUAAACAUAAUUUCAAUGUUAUGGAAAUGAAUUUGCAUAAAGAUAUAUUAUGUAUUGUAGACAAUAAUGAAUUGUAAUAUAAAUGCAAUAAUACGCCUUUUUAUAAAUUUUUGUUAUAAAAAAAAUAAUAAAAUUUAAGACAAUAAUUUUUAUUCGUUUAUCUAAAGACACGCGUUAUUCAUGCACUUCGUCAAGGACCAAAGGAGAGUAGAUUUAAUUUUAUAUUUAAUAAUAAUGUACCGAGCUUACCAUAUUAUAGAAACAUUAUAUGAUACUCGUAUAUACAUUCGUUAUGUCUUGCAAUUAAUACGUUAUUUUAUUAACCCACUUGUUACGGAUAUACCUUUUUUCGCAGAAUCUCUGUAAUUUUUUAUACUACCUAAUGAAAGUAUAAUUAUAUAACAAAAAAUAGUAAAAACAUCUAAAUGUUACGGAAAAGCAGGAAAAUUGUAGUUAUCGCAUAUAUAUAGAAUUUACUCGAGAAAAUAAUUCACUUGUUUUUGACAGUUUAUUGAAAUACUAAUAAAGUUUUUUUUUAUAUCUAUUAUUAAGCAAAACUUCAUACUGAAGCAGUAUUCGUUAUAUAUAUGUACUGUUUGACCUACAAUGUACUUUAAAUAUCCCAUACACCGUCUUAUUCGUUGGGUACGGUAACAAAUAUUUAUGUGAGUAGUAAAAGCUGUUCCAAGAGGAACACCACGAUUCUCUCAUUCUACAAGAAGUUUCAUUGCGUGCUUUAGACCAGAUGGGCCAUGUAGACGGCAAGCUCUAGGGAGGGAGGUGGUCCAAUGUCUCUCGAAUCGGCAUGUUUAUCAUUUUCC